CCUGAAUCUCCCCAUAAGGAUUGAAUGGUAGCCUUGGGCUCACACCCUGCUCUUACUUGCUAGACUGCAGGUGCUGAUGUGGAUGAGUUGCCUGCUGAGCAUCCCAGAGCAUGAGCAAAAGUAGGUUUGGAGAGAGGUACGGAAAGCCUGAUUUCAUCUUAUUUCUCUCCCACCGCUCUCUGGCCCACAGAGACCCAGGAUGGGGCGUGUCCACCUGAUAUGGCCACCACUGCCUCCCCUCUCCCGCUCACCACUGAGGCCGCCAGUUCUGAGAACAGCUCCUUCUAUGACUACGAGGACUACCUGGAUGAGAUGGCCUUCCUGCUCUGUAGGAAGGACGAGGUUCUGUCCUUCAGCAAAGUCUUCCUGCCAGUCUUCUACAGCCUGAUCUUUGUGCUAGGCCUCGGCGGGAACCUCCUUCUUCUGGUGGUCUUGCUCUGGCACGUGCCUCGUAGGCGGAUGACUGAGGUGUAUUUGCUGAACCUGGCCAUCUCUAGCCUUCUCUUCAUGGUGACACUGCCCUUUUGGGGCAUCUCUGUGGUCUGGCAUUGGGUUUUUGGAAGUUUCUGGUGCAAGAUGGUGAGUACCCUCUAUACCAUUAACUUCUACAGUGGCAUCUUCUUCAUCAGCUGCAUGAGCCUGGACAAGUACCUGGAGAUCGUCCACGCUCAGCCCUACCACAGGCUGAGGACCCGAGCCAAGCGUCUGCUCCUUGCUGCCCUUGUAUGGACUGUGGCCCUGGCUGUCUCCAUCCCUGACAUGGUCUUUGUCAGGAAGCAUGAGCACCCCAUGGGUGUGUGGAACUGCUAUGCAGAUUUCGGGGGGCAUGGGACCACCUGGAAGCUCUUCCUUCGCUUUCAGCAGAACCUCCUGGGGUUUCUCCUUCCACUCCUUGUCAUGACUGUGUUCUACUCUCGCAUCGGCGCUGUCCUGGUCAGGCUGAGGCCCCUAGGCCAGGGGCGGGCUCUAAGGACAGCCAUAGCCCUGGUGGUGGCCUUCUUUGUGCUAUGGUCCCCGUACAGUCUCACCUUGUUUCUGCACUCGCUGCAGGACCUGCAGGUCUUUGGGGACUGCAGGGCCAGCCAGCACCUGGACUAUGCACUGCAGGUGACAGACAGCAUCACAUUCCUUCACUGCUGCUUCACCCCUGGACUCUAUGCCUUCUCCAGCCACUGCUUCUGUCAGUACCUGAAGGCUUUCCUGGCCACCGUGCUCAGACAGCAUCAGGCACCUCACACUGCCCAGGCCCUGCCAUCCACCUCUUCUGAGAGUAGCAGGUUCACUGCCUAGGAAGAAAUGACCAGCCUGGAUAACCUUGGGGAGAGGCAAGCUGAAGACCUCCCCAAGGGGCACAUAGGGAAAAAUGAAGGCUGAGUGGCCAUACCUCAGUGUGGUGAGAGUGGCUGGGGGGCAGCUCUGUUGGGCCCUCUCUCCAAGGGCCUCGGCGAGCAUGUUGCUAAACAGUGGUCAGUUCAUAGUUCUCACCAUCAGCAGCAUUGGCUCCCUCCUGCCUUCUUCCUCUUCCUUCUCUGCCCUCCAGGACCCCAUACUCUCCUCCUGAACUGCCAUGAUAGGUUCCCAGCUGACCUCUGUGGUUUGGUUCCUGUCAUCGUGCCCUCCUGUCACCUAAUCAGCACCCGAUGGCGGAGUGUUCUUGGCACCAUCAGCCAUCAUUCCUCUCUUCCUUGGAGUGGCCUCAGGCCCCCCCCUCCCCCGCAGGCUGAUCUCCUCCCUGCAUCAGCUGGGAAAGUAUUGCUGCAGCAUUGUUUAAUAUUGCAGCCUUGCUGGUGGCUCCAGGGCCAGUGACCAGGGGGUGCCGGAGGUGCUGGGCAUGGGGAGCUGCCCAGGCAUGUGGGAGGCAGGCCGAGCACAUGUUCCUGGUGGCCCAGGAGGAUGCCUCUCCCUUUGCCUCCCACGUCCCUCCUCAGGAGCCUUCAGGGCACCCUGAAGUCCAGUCCAACACCUUUGUCCAACUUCUAGGCUGGCGCUUUUGCGGGUGGAGUCCCACCCACCACAUCUUGCCCUUAGAGGUCUCCACUCCCCUUUCCAUUUCCCAGAUGCCUUGCUGUUGCCGCCUCUGCGCUUUUGUGCUGGCCAGCACUCUUACGUAACAGUCAUCAUUUUCCAGCCAGCUAUCCUUUCACCCUUGUUUUGUAACUAAAUCCUAUUUGCUCUGGGAAACCACUCCUGCCCUGCGUUUUACAUAGAGGUUGGGGAAAGCAUGGGACUUGUGCCAAUUACAGCCUUAUGUUUCCCUGGCCCAGUGAUUCAUUCAGGGAUGGGCACAUGACCCAGGCAGGGCUUGUGAAACGCAAUGUUACUAAGAUACAUUGCUGAAACAGGGGCAAGAAAAUGAAGCUGAGAGGGCAAGAAAUGGAAGCUGAAGGUGUGAGGUCUGGAGCUGCACCUUCACAACUCAACUUCAGAAGACGAGGUGAUGGCCCAGUGAGAGAGCAGGUCAUUGGGGUUAGUGUGUUCAUCCUCAGAGCCAGAGCAUGGCUGAAGCUCAUCCCAGUCCUGGACUUAACAAUAAAUUACUUUGCAGCUU